AUUGACAGAGAUCAGGCUCAGCAAGAUGCCGAGAAACUGUAUGCUGCUGGAGAACAGAAGUUUGGUACGGAUGAGUCAGCCUUUAUUGAAGUGUUAGCUUUAAGGAAUUUCUACCAGUUAACUGCCGUAUUUGAUGAAUAUCAAAAGUUAGCUGGUAAAGAUAUAUUAGAGUCUAUAGACAGUGAGAUGUCUGGAAAUAUUGAAAGUGGUUUAAAAGCUAUAGUUCGUUCAGCUAGAAAUAGACCAGAAUAUUUUGCCUACAAGUUAUAUAAGGCUAUGAGAUUGGCUGGUACCAAUGAUUCUACAUUGAUAAGAAUUAUCGUUUCCAGAUCAGAGGUAAUUUUAAUU